AAAAAUAAAAAUUGUCGUGUUGUCAAAGAGUUUGGCCAAUACAGGCUUAGCUGAAUGUUGAAACAACAAUUUUUAUGAAAUUAUCAGUAAACGAGGAUACUAAUCAACCGGACCAUGUAAAUUAAACAUGCGAUAAUAAAAUAGUGCAGCUUUCAAGUCAUACACUCCGUGUAAAUCGAACAUAUUUGUGGUUAAUCGCGUAAAUAAAAUCUACCAAGUAUGGAUGGAACUUGGGUUCUUAUUUUACUUGCUUUGGUAAUGUUAGUGGGGUCCUAUGUAGCUGGAAGUAUACCCCUGAACGUUACCAUGUCUGAGGACAAGCUCCAAAAAGUCACGGUCUUUGGAGCCGGCCUCCUCGUAGGCACAGCACUAGCGGUGAUCAUCCCGGAAGGUGUUCGGUCCCUAUUCAGUGAACGAUCACACCCGACGGUGGUCACAAAGGACUUCACAGCGGAACCUCCAAGUCACGAUGAUGAUCUGCAUUCUGUUAUAGGGAUCUCUUUGGUGUUGGGGUUCGUCUUCAUGCUGCUGGUCGACCAGAUGUCGACGAGGUUCAAUGACCAGAGCAACCCAGUUGAGAAGAACGUCACCGCAACCGUGGGACUGGUUGUCCACGCGGCAGCGGACGGUAUAGCGUUAGGUGCGGCUGCGACGACGUCACACGCUGACGUUGAGCUGAUCGUCUUCUUGGCUAUUAUGCUGCACAAGGCGCCCGCGGCUUUCGGCCUGGUCACUUUCCUGCUACAUGCUGGAUUGGAAAGGAAUAGGAUAAGAAAGCACCUGUUAAUAUUCUCAUGCGCCGCGCCUUUGCUCGCGUUGCUUACCUACUUCGGUAUUGGCAACGAGAGCAAGCAAACGCUCAGCGAUUUUAACGCGACUGGUAUAGCCAUGUUAUUCUCGGCCGGCACCUUCCUAUACGUGGCGACGGUCCACGUGCUACCAGAGUUAACCCACCCCCAAUCCCACACCCAUUCCCUCCUCCCGAUGGCGGACGGUGUGAUCCCCAAAAAAGGCUUCGGCGGACUCCUUCUAUCAGAAAUGAUUAUUUUAACUGUCGGGGCGUUAAUGCCCUUGCUGUUGACUAUGGGGCAUAAACACUGAUGAACAUACGAGGUUUGUGUGUUAGUCUUAAUUUUAAGUGGAGUUUUAAGCAGCUGUUACUGUUUACCCGUUAAGAAUGUAUUGGUAAAAUGUCCAGUGUGAAUGUCUUUUCAAACUUCAAAAAAUAGGAGGCUCUCAAUUUGUCUGUCUUUUUGUAUGUAUGUUGCCUCAAAACUUUGGACUGGAUGAACCGAUUUUCGUGAUAAUUUUUUUAAAGUGAUAUAGCUGUCAUUUAAAUCCUAUACAAAAUUCAUCAGGUUUAGCUCAGUAGUUUUUAUUUGAAGUCAGUAGUUCAUUUUCAAGUUCAAUGAAAAGACAAAUUGAGAUCUUAGAACUUUACUUAACUCAGUAUAGUUCUUGUAUACGGCUUUUUUAAACGUCCCAGAGCCUUUCAAACAUAUUUGACUCAAACUCGCAAUUUAGGUUUUCAUCAAACUCGUUUGAUCGUUGACGCAUUGGUUUGAAACGUUUUGUUGACAAGCAUUUUAAGUGAAACAGAAAUAUUGAUCGAUAUACAAGCUCAAAUGUAUCAGUGACAUGUCACGUGACUAGUUGUCACUGACAUCAGUGAUAGCCUAGUGGUAGGAUUAUGGAAUUGCCACAUCAAAGGUCGUAGGGUCAUAUCCCGAUACGCACUAAUGUCUUUUCGAAAUCAUGUGUGUAUUAUAAAGUAAAAAUCACUUGUUGAAAACGGUGAAGGAAAACAUCGUGAGGCGCGACACACGUGAGCAUGUUU